AUGAGCACAGAAGAGAGAGAAGCCGCUGUCAUCCAGAAGCCGGACUCCACAUCUCACCCCAAUGGACAACACCCCCUUCCUGAGCAUGCCACGCUUGCUGAUAACUCCCUGCUCAGUAGAGAGAGGCUCAACCUAGAGCAGGAACACAAGCACAACCACACUGUUCCCAUGCCCAGUGCUAGCUACUGCACAUACGCGCCUCCUCGCUGCUUGCCGGCUGGGUAUAGCCAGCCGACUCCCUUCCCCAGCCAGGUUGAAGGCCCCUGGCCCCCCCCGAGUAGCAACUGGUCAGACUAUACCAACAGCCUGCCGUCAUAUCUGAGCCAGAAAGAUUACUCCAGCUGUGCUGGAGACAGCAACACCUCCAGGUACAAGUUCCUGUCUCUCCCCGGCAGACACAGCACCAGUAUGACCAGCCUGGAGCAGCCGAUGUCUUUGCGCUCCAACCCCCCGUCGGCCGACUUUGGUCACCACACUCUGUCUCCGUACUCGUGCCCGCCACCUGGUGCGGCUUGCUGCGCGCAGUGCCCUCCGGAGGCCUUCAACAGGGGGCCUGUGGCCAACAAACACGUCUGGCCUCAGUAUCACCCAGCUUAUGGCCCAUACUAUCCAGGUGACUGCAGACUUCCUGGAGCUGGAUACACACAGAUUGGCCACAAUGCUCCAGCCCCAGAGAAACCUUACAGCACACCGCUGUCACUGGAGCAGAGGAGGGUCUUUGUCACCUAUGAAGCCGACAACGACGGGCAUGUCAAGGAGAUCAUCAACUUUGUUGCUCUGCUGCGACACAACGGCUUUGAUACUCAUAUUGAUAUUUUUGAGCAGCAGUUCAGGAGCAUAAGCAAGAUAGACUUCAUGGAGCGGUACCUCAGCGAGAGAGAGUAUCUGAUCAUCAUCAUCAUCAGUCCCAAGUACUACGAGACGGUGACGGCCUCCCCUGUUGGCCUGGAGAACGACGAGAGGACCUUCAACACCGUCUACAUACAUAAACAGCUCCAGAAUGAAUUCAUCCAGAAUGGAAGCAAGAAUUUCAGGUUUAUUCCCAUUUUAUUCCCCGGAGCUAAAAAGUGUCACGUCCCAAACUGGCUUCAAAACACACAUGUUUAUGGAUGGCCGCGCGAUCGGGACGACAUUCUGAGGCGGCUGAUGAGGGUGGAGAAAUAUAAUCCACCUCCCAUUGGGGAACUGCCAACCAUUGUUUCCAUCCCCAUAUAAAAACCCUGAAGAUUCAGACUGGAACUGAAACCUGAAACUUUCUCUCUGGAGAAUGACAUUGUCGAGGAGGACAGGGACACACGUGGAGCGGAGUGUAUUUUAUUUUACUCUGGUGUUAAAUGUGAUCGUGUAGAGAUUGUACUUUUUUUUGUGAUAUUAAGGUGACUCAUGUGAACUUCCUGGGAUACGUUGCAUAAUUGUAGGUCGCUCCUUUUAGAUUCCACACAGAGACUGAAGAAUAGUCCGAUUAUUACAGUUUAUUUGCAGUGGGGAGCAGCAGGGCUGUCAUUAUGAGAUAUGGACAGAUAUUUCCCACCAGUACACACCUCCUCAUUGUUGCCAUGUUGUCUCACUUAUUACAGUGUGUGUCUAAUGCAAACAGAUGUACGAACUGGAUGGAGUCACUGGUAUGAUUUUGAAGAGUGAGCAAGACAGGCACUGCAUUAAAACACGUAGUUGACUUUGUUUGUAUGUCUUGGUGCACGGUAGCUUUUGUUUAAACAGUGAGGCUGUAGACUUGUCAUUGCUUCGUUAUCAGUGUGUGCAGAUUUUUUUUUCAGCUAAGCAGCAUCCAGAAUCAUGCAUCGUCUUCAAUCCACUCAUAUUACAUAAUAGUCAGAACUAAAUUAUUUUUUAGAAAAAUGUGCAAAAAGGUGGUUUCAGUGGGUAGCCAGGUGCUGGCUUACUGGAUGGUUGUUCUUAAAGGGGCCACAUUGUUGUUUCUGCACAUUUUCAGCUCAUUUACUACGAAUAAGAAACCAAUAGUUGUGGCUGUGGGUUUAACCUAAAUCAAGGUUAUAGUCUCUACAGUUAGAUUUUCAUUGUGUACAGAAAAAUAAAAACCCACUGAAUCAGUAUUAAAAAAAAAAAAAAAGGUUAAAGCAAGCAAAAACUGAUACUGUGAUCAUUUAAUUAUUUGGUUAUAGAAGUCGAUGUUACAGAUAUUUCAAGUGUAUUUUGACACGAACCAUUUUAGGGGAAUGAAUUGUAAACCUAAAAAACAAUGUAUAAAAUAAUUGAAUUGAAUGGUGUGUUUGCAGGUGAUAAUGUUUCGGCCUUACACUAAAAUCUCUGUCUAGGGAACCAUAAAUCAGUACUCGGGAAGCUGGUCCCAAACCUGAGAGUUAACACAGACAAGCAGAGACCUGAGACUAGUUUGCCUGCAGCGUUCUGAGGGCAACUUUUAAAUAGCAAGCUGCAUUUUUCUGUUUUGGGAAUGAGCCAUGAGAAAUGUGAAGGUUUAGG